AUGAGGGGCAGGUGGGGUCCCUGCUCUUCGCUGCUCCGUGCCGUCCCAGUGGACACCAGUGACCUGAUCCAAGUGGUGUUUGGGUCCCUGCCGCGGGAGUUCACCCAGCGGAAGGAAGGGCCGCCCCCGCCGCCCCCGGGCAGCGACAUCGUUCAUCCCAUCAAGGUUGACGAGAGCGGAUCCUUCUUGUCCUACGACCUGACCCACCGAGCCCUUCACCGAAGGUCUCCUGCCUCCAGGAGCAAGUUCCCUGCCUUCUACGAGCUGCAUUACAAAGGACAACCCCUGAAAUUCAACCUGAGCCUCAACAGGAACCUCCUGGCCCCGGGCUUUGUCAGCGAGAGGCGGUUCGGGGGCAUCGCCGGCGCCAAGAUCCAGCCGCACACCUCCAACCCCUGCCACAUGAUCGGGGAGGUUCGGAGCCGGGCGGAGGGAGGGCUGGCUGCCCUCAGCACCUGCGAUGGCCUGAAAGGCGUGUUCCGGCUCCUCAACGAGGACUAUUUCAUCGAGCCGGUGUCCAGCAGCCCCCGGGAGGACGGGGCAGCUCAGCCCCACAGGAUAUACAAGCGCCAGGCCCCCAAGGACGGGGCAGAGCAGGGCAGGAGCCCCCCAGCCCCCCGGGAAACCUGCGGCGUGCCAGAAUCUCAGGAAAGCCUGGAGCAGUCUGAGAGGCGCAGGGAACGGUGGGAGCAGAAGCAGCACAGGAGGAGAAGAAUUAGGCAGCGCUCCAUCAGCAGGGAGAAGUGGGUGGAAACGCUGGUGGUGGCAGACACCAAGAUGGUGGAGUUCCAUGGCAGUGAGAACAUCGAGAAGUACGUGCUGACCGUGAUGAACAUGGUGGCGGGGCUGUUCCACCACGCCAGCAUCGGGAACCCCAUCAACAUCGCCAUAGUGCGGCUCAUCCUGCUGGAGCACGAGGAGGAGGACCUGAAGAUCUCUCACCAUGCAGAUAACACCUUGAAAAGCUUUUGCAAGUGGCAGAAGAGCAUCAAUGUGAAAGGAGAUUCCCAUCCCCUGCACCACGACGUCGCCGUCCUGCUCACCAGGAAGGACAUCUGUGCUGCCAUGAACAGGCCCUGUGAGACGCUGGGGCUGUCCCACGUGGCGGGGAUGUGCCAACCCCACCGGAGCUGCAACAUCAACGAGGACACGGGGCUGCCCCUGGCCUUCACCGUGGCCCACGAGCUCGGACACAGUUUUGGGAUUCAGCAUGAUGGAAGCAGCAAUGACUGUGAGCCAGUUGGGAAAAGACCUUUCAUCAUGUCUCCACAGCUCCUGUAUGACACGUCCCCACUCACCUGGUCCCGCUGCAGCCGCGAGUACAUCACACGGUUCCUCGACCGGGGCUGGGGGCUGUGCUUGGAUGACCCCCCAGCCCGGGAGGUGCUGGACUUCCCCCUGGUGCCCCCGGGGGUCCUGUACGACGUGGGCCACCAGUGCCGGCUGCAGUACGGCCCCUACUCCACCUUCUGCGACGACAUGGAUAGCGUCUGCAACACGCUGUGGUGCACGGUGGGGAACACGUGUCAUUCCAAGCUGGAUGCGGCUGUGGAUGGCACAGCCUGUGGGGACAACAAGUGGUGCUUCAACGGGGAGUGUGUUCCUGUGGGUCACCGGCCCGAGCCCAUCGAUGGCGGUUGGAGCUCCUGGAGCUCCUGGGCUGCCUGUUCCCGGAGCUGCGGGGCCGGAGUGCAGAGUGCUGAGAGGCACUGCAGCACCCCCACGCCGAAGUACGGGGGCCGUUACUGCCUGGGGGAGCGGAAGCGGUUCCGGAUUUGCAAUGUCAGGCUGUGCCCCCUGGACAAGCCCUCCUUCCGCCAGGUCCAGUGCAGCCAGUUCAACCCCAUGCUCUACAAAGGGAAGCUCUACAAGUGGACACCAGUGCCCAACAACAUUAACCCCUGCGAGCUGCACUGCCGGCCGGAGCACGAGUACUUUGCGGAGAAGCUGCGGGACGCGGUGGUGGACGGGACGCCGUGCUACGAGCGGGACGCCAGCCGGGACAUGUGCAUCAACGGCAUCUGCAAGAACGUGGGCUGUGACUACGAGAUUGACUCGCACGCGGUGGAGGAUCGGUGUGGGGUCUGCCACGGGGACGGCUCCACCUGCCACACCGUCCACAAGACCUUCGAGGACAGCGAGGGGCUGGGCUACGUUGAUAUUGGGAUUAUCCCUGUGGGAGCCCGGGAGAUCCGGAUUGAAGAAGUCGCAGAAGCCGGGAAUUUCCUGGCGCUGCGGAGCGAGAACCCAGAGAAGUAUUUCCUGAAUGGUGGCUGGACCAUCCAGUGGAACGGGGACUACAGGGUGGCAGGGACCACCUUCACCUACAAGAGGACGGGGAACUGGGAGAAUCUCACCUCUCCGGGGCCCACUGUGGAGCCCGUGUGGAUCCAGCUGCUGUUCCAGGAGACCAACCCCGGGGUGCGGUACCAGUACACGAUCCAGCGCCCGGCCGACAGCGAGAACGAGAUCGAGCAGCCCGAGUUCCUGUGGCGCUUCGGCUCCUGGACCACCUGCACGGCCACGUGUGGCACCGGGGUGCAGCGGCAGGUGGUGCACUGUGUGGAGAAGCUGGCUGGCAUCGUGGAGGAGCGGUUCUGCGACGCACUCACCCGCCCCGACGACCAGCAGCGCCCCUGCAGCGAGGAGCCCUGCCCAGCCAGGUGGUGGGUCGGGGAGUGGCAGCAGUGCUCGGCCUCGUGUGGCAGCUCAGGGCUGAUGAAGAGGACAGUGCUGUGCAUCCAGAGCGUGGGGCUGGACGAGCAGAGGGCCCUGCAGCCUGCAGCCUGCCAGCACCUCCCCAAGCCCGAUGCCACCGCGCCCUGUCACCGGGACGUGCCCUGUCCCUCCCAGUGGGCCGUGGGGAACUGGUCCGAGUGCUCGGUGACUUGUGGCAAUGGGACCCAGUGGCGCCCUGUCCACUGCAGCAACAGCUCGGGGGCCGCGUGUGACCCUGCGCAGAGGCCCCGCCCGGAGGCUCCCUGCUCCCGGCCCCCGUGCCAGCCGGACACGGACACUGCCAACACGGACACUGCCAACACGGACACUGCCAACACGGACACUGCCAACGCAGACUGGUCUGGCAGCGGCUCCUCCAGCAGGGAGAUAUUCAAUGAGAUCCAUCACGUCCCCAGCAACCACAUUGCGAAAUUUAACCCCCUCAUCCCAAACAUUCCCGAGUCCAACGACGUCAAUGUCAUCCCUGAGGAGGACUUCCCAGCCGGGAAGGGAAACGUCUUUGUCGAUGAUUUUUACUAUGAUUAUAAUUUUAUCAACUUCCACGAGGAUCUGUCUUACUAUCCCUUCACGGAGAAGGGGACUAAAGGUGAGGAGGCAAAGCCAGAGCUGAGCAACAACGAUGUGGAGGGGUCCUGGGAGAUGCCCACUGAUGUCCUACUCACCACUGAGCUGGGAGGAGAGAGAGAGCACCAUCUGGGCACCAAAGCCUCUGCUCCUGUGGAUGAGGGGGAGAUGGAGCCUGGGGAUUUAGCCAGGAAUGACUUCCUGAGCGUGGUCCCGGAGGAUGCAGGAUCAGCCACUCCCAAAUACACCAUCCCUGGGUUCCUGGGUGAGGAGGGCCCAGUGCCGGUGCCCCGUUCCGAGGACCACCCACACACCCAGCGCACCACGAGUCACAGCUCUGCCAACAGCCACGGCCACCCGGCCCCGGAUGAGCCCCACGGAGUUGUGCUGACAAGGACAGGUCCUGGGCAGGAUGCUCCAGCCCAUGGCCUCAGUCCCUGGGGUCCCCACCCAGCUGAUCCCCCCACUCCACUGCCCACAGCCCGGGGCAGUGCCAGGGGGGAGGUAUCCGACAUUCCCGGAGUGCCCGGGAGCCUCGAGGGCCCUGUGGGCAGUUUGGGGCUGGGUCACCCCAGCAGGGAGGGGCACGAUGGGGCCGGGUCUGCGGGGACAGGCCUCGAGGACUCCAGGGAAACGGGUCUUGUCCUCCCUGGUGACACUACCGGUGACGCCACGGAGCAGGACAGGGGGGCAGAAGUGCCGGGAUGGGUGGUGGGCACAGAGGCAGUGCCAUCAGAUGGUAAUGAUGAGCAUUCCCGUGGGACAGAGAGAGCAGAUCUUUCCUUCCCCACCCUGCAGGGACCAGGGUGGGAGAUGGGAUGGAGUGCUGGCAGCACCCAUCCUGCCGUGAGUCCCUCUCCCGUGGGUGCUGUUGGGGGUCCCACGGGGCAGGCAGGGCACCAGCCAGAGCUCCACACCCCCACAUCCCUGAGCUCAGCCCCCUGGGUGGCCACUACAGCCCUUCCCACAGCAGUGUUCUUGUCCUCCACUGUGCCUGGACCAGCCACCCAGCUCAGCUCCAGCAGCCUCACCCAGCAGGAUGCCCUGGCACCAGCCAUGCCCACGGCCCCAUCUCACAGCCCAGCUGCACACCCAGCGGGAGCAUCCCCCUCCCAGGCCCCCUGGGAAUGGUGGACCCUGGGGAUGUCCCACCCCCCAGAGCCGGCAUCGCCCCGUGCUGAACAGACCUCCCACGGGACCCCACUCAGCAUCACCGUGCCAGGGGAGCCCAGGGCACCCCCAGGGACAUUUGCCUUCAGUGACAGGGGGCACAAGUGGUCCCAGCCCUCCCCUGCUCCCCCACCGCUCUGGGAGAAGAGGAUGGAGGAGGAGGAGGAGGCUUUGCUUCCACCAUCGACCACCGCGGCAGCCACUGCCAUGGCCAGCUGGGAAGUUGGGAACUGGAGUGAGUGCUCGGCCACGUGCGGUGUGGGUGCGAUCUGGAGGAGCGUGCGCUGCAGCAGCGGCAGCGACGACGGCUGUGCCUCGGCCGACAGACCCGUCCCUGCGCGGAGGUGCUCCCUCAGACCCUGCUCCUCGUGGCGUGUGGGCAACUGGAGCAAGUGCUCCAAGAACUGUGGUGAGGGGACGAAGGUUCGGGAUGUUCAUUGUGUCGACACCAGGGACCAGCGGCUGCUGCGGCCCUUCCACUGCCAGGCCAUGCUGCACAAACCCCCAGCACAGCUGCCCUGCCACAACCCGCCCUGCCUGGACUGGUACACGUCCUCCUGGAGAGAGUGCUCGGAGUCGUGCGGUGGAGGGGAGCAGGAGCGGCUCGUGACGUGUCCGGAGCUCGGGCGCUGCGAGGAGACCUCGCGGCCCAACACGACCCGGCCCUGCAACACACAGCCCUGCACCACCUGGGUGGUGGGCUCCUGGGGGGAGUGCUCUGCUCCUUGUGGAGGGGGCAUCCAGAGGCGCCAGGUCAAGUGCAUCAACACCAAGACAGGGGUGGCCGAGGAGGACAGCAGUCUGUGUGACCACGAGCCCUGGCCCGAGAGCACCCAGAAGUGCAACCCCCAGGACUGUGACAGCUCGGAGCCAGGUGUCCCCUGCGAGCGCGACCGCCUGACCUUCGGCUUCUGCCAGACCCUGCGGCUGCUGGGCCGGUGCCCCCUGCCCACGGUGCGUCUGCAGUGCUGCCGGAGCUGCCGCCGGCCCGGCCGGGACCGCGGGGACGAGCGGCUGUCCAGGAGGUGA